AUGAUGCCAAGCUAUGAUCCUUCCUGUGGCUGUAGCCACAGCCCCAACGUGGAGGAUGGAAAGUGGUAUGGAGUUCGCUCCUACAUCCACCUCUUCUAUGAGGACUGUGCAGGUGCUGCCGUCAGUGACGACUUCGAGGGUCCCCCUGUCCUGUGCCCCUGCCGACCCUGGCCUUCAUUGUGCUGGAAGAUCAGCUUGUCCUCAGGGACCCUGCUUCUGUUGCUGGGUGUGGCAGCCUUGACCACUGGCUAUGCAGUGCCCCCCAAACUGGAGGGCAUUGGCGAGGGUGAGUUCCUGGUAUUGGAUCAGCGGGCAGCUGACUACAACCAGGCCCUGAGCACCUGCCGCCUGGCAGGCACGGCACUCUGUGCAGCGGCUGGAGUCCUCCUGGCCAUCUGCCUGUUCUGGGCCAUGACCGGCUGGCUCAGCCAGGACACCAAGGCAGAACCCGUGGACACUGAAGGUGACGGCCACGUGGAGGUCUUUGGGGAUGCGCCAGAACAGCAGCUGUCCCCCAUCUUCCGUGAUGCCAGCAACCAGUCCUGGUUCUCGCCACCUGCCAGCCCUUUUGGGCAAUCCUCAGUGCAGACCAUCCAGCCCAAGCGGGACUCCUGA